CCGUUCGCUUGCGGGAAUCGAAGUUGAUCAACAGUCUUUCCAUGUGCUCGGAUCUAAUUUGGAAUUUUUUAAUUCUUACUUAGUUUUUGUCUGAGAAUUUAUCGUCCAUUUCCUAAAAUCAGGGUACCAGGCACAUUUCUGGGCCAUCCUUCACAAUAAUCUGGAGCUAUGCCAAAGCCGAUCAGUAGUGGCAGGUGGGAAGUUGUGGUACCACCUCCGUCAAAAUUUACUCCCGUCGCAGGACAAUUUGAAGAUGACGCAGAGGCGUGUAGCAAAGCAAUUGAAGACGACAUCAUUAGAAAACGGAACUUGGAAGCCUUAUUUCAUGCGGCUGGAAGUCACCGAGAGGAUCAUGAAGGGUCUGCUAAGGAUGAGACUUGGGACAAUGAGGAAGACAACAAUCAACUAGAUUCUGACAUUGAUGACGAUGAUUAUCAUUUCUACGGAGAAAAGGUCACGGGGCCAAAUUCCCAAAAACAGCAUGACGGCGUGUCGUCUGAAGAAUUCUUAAAAAAAUUUGUUAGCAGGAUAAAGAUUGAGAAAUAUGAAGGAGUAGGAAGCUUGCCCAGUGGAGCUGGCAAUAAAAUAAUCACUUCCAGCAAAAAAAUUACGGCUAACAGACAAAAGGUAAAGGACAAACAAGAUCGUGCUACAGUUGAACAAGUUAUGGAUCCCAGAACAAGAAUGAUUUUAUAUAAACUGCUGAGUAGCGAAAAAAUUGUCAGUAUUGAUGGAUGUAUUUCUACUGGAAAGGAGGCUAAUGUGUAUCACGCUACAGGAUCUGACGAUAAAUCUUAUGCAAUCAAAAUUUUCAAGACUUCAAUUCUUACGUUUAAAGCCAGGGAUAAGUAUGUUUCUGGAGAAUUUAGAUUUCGACAAGGAUAUUGCAAGAAAAAUCCUCGCAAAAUGGUUAGACUAUGGGCAGAAAAAGAAUACCGCAAUUUGUUAAGAAUUCAUUCUGCCGGCACUGUUCUUGUGCCACAACCUCGUCUUUUAAAAUCACAUGUUUUGGUAAUGGAUUUUAUCGGAAGUCUUGGAUGGCCGUCACCACUCUUGAAGGAUGUAAAAUUUGAAAAUAUCGAAUUUGAAGAGACGGAACAAGUCAAUGAUACUUUACUAAAUCCUGUGCAAGUCUUGUUGAAGAAAUUGUAUAGAGAUUCCCUAAUUAUUUUAUAUCGACUAUACAACCACUGUAAACUGGUGCAUGCAGAUUUUUCAGAGUUUAAUCUAAUUUUGAAGGACAACAAAGAUUUGUAUGUAAUAGACGUCUCCCAGUCAGUUGAACAUGAUCAUCCUCGUAGUUUUGAUUUCUUAAAGAGUGACAUCAAAAAUGUUCAAGAAUUCUUUGGGAAGACAAUAUUGGUUGGAGAUUUCAAAGAAAUAUUCGAGUUUGUUACCAGCCCUAAUGUCGAUGAUAACAAUUACCUCGAGAAACUAGAAGAUUUGCUCUCACGUGCCAAGAAAUGGGAAAAUCUGGAUGUAACAACAGAAGUAUUUCGUCAGUCGUAUAUUCCUCGGAAAAUGGAAGAAGUUGUUCAUUUUGAGAGAGACUAUGAUAAGGCCAAAAAAGGUGAAGUAGAAUUGAUAUACACCAGUGUUAUGGGCAUGAAACCGGAUUUUUCGGGGCCCAUCUCAGAGAAUUCAUCAAACGCCGACGACGUGAUUCCUAAGGUGAUUGAUCCUAACUGCUCGAGUUUACAAAGAGACAAGGAAAAUAGUGAGGAAUCGGAAUCAGAAUCAGAUUCUUCGACCAAUUCCGAACAGAAUGCCGAGUCUAAAUUUUCCAGUGCUGCCAGGCCCAAGGGAGAAACUUCAGAGCAAAAACGGGAACGUAAAAAACAAGUCAAGCAAGAAAGAGCGGAAAAACGACAAACUAAAAUUAAAAAGCAUGUCAAAAAGCGACAAGAAAAGAUUGCACAUCAUAAUUCGAAGAAAUAGAUUUAUAUUUUGGAACAUCUGAAUUUUCAGAAAGUAAUACUUUUUGCUAAUUUGCAGUGACGUGAAAUAUAUUGUAUAUAUAUAUAUGAAUCAAUAUAAUGAUUUUUCAAGUAAACGAUAAACUUAUAA